UUCGGAAGCGAGGGUUUCUGGAGCGGAGUGAUCUGGGGGCGGGCCUCACUGCUUUCCCCUGAAAACGAUGAAAACAAUCUCAGCGUCUGUUUCGGGUAAAACGGGUUAAUCUGCGCUAUCUUCAUGCAGAAAAGAUGCUUUUGCGUGACCGUGACGUGUGGCGGCCGCCGCUGAUUCCUGCGGAACUUGGACUUGAUAAGAGAAUCAAUUAGCUCCGUUAGCCGCGCAGCUAGCGGCGCACCGGCCUGAGGGUCCCGGGGAACCGUUAAGCCAGACACAAGUCAAGCAACGGGACGUUCUGUUGAUCCAGUCCAGUUAACGGGUCUGGGAUGGGAACCAGAACUGGGCCAGAAAGCGCGGCUAAUGGGCUGAGCAGCCCUCCGGCGGGCACCGCUGGGCCCGCACAGAACACACCGUCCGACACCGACGAGGACCGCGAGUACGUCGCCGAGGUGAUCUACAGCGGCUCCGAACAGGACUCUGACUCCGGAGACGACGAGGAGACGGUGGGGUCCAGCGGGGACCGACGGGGCGUGAAACGGGAGAGAAGCGUCAAUGAGGACGGGCGUCAGUCAGCGCCUUCCGGGUGUCUGAGCCGGGGCUACCGCGGGGGGAGCCCUGCUGUGUCCGGGGUCAAACCCGGGAAGAAGACCCGAGGCAGAGUCAAAAUCAAGAUGGAGUUCAUCGACAACAAACUCAGGCGGUACACAACCUUCAGCAAGCGGAAGACCGGUAUCAUGAAGAAGGCGUAUGAACUCUCCACGCUCACAGGUACUCAGGUGCUGCUGCUAGUCGCCAGCGAGACGGGUCAUGUUUACACGUUUGCCACCAGGAAGCUGCAGCCGAUGAUCACAUCCGAGACAGGGAAGGCUUUGAUCCAAACCUGUCUGAACUCUCCGGACUCCCCUCCUCGCUCAGAUCCGUCCUCUGACCAGAGGAUGAGUGCCACCGGCUUCGAGGAGACUGACCUCACCUACCAGGUGAUUGAGACGGACGGCUGCCCCGAGGGCACAAAGGACCUGAUCAAGCCGACCUUCGGUCUGACCGCCGUCGCUCAGCCAUCCUCAUCCGCUUCCUCCCCCUCCCCCUCCUCAGUGCCCCUGCAGAUACAGACCAGCACCUCCUCCUGGCAGCCUCCUUCCUCCACCAACGGGACGGUGUUUAAGACGUCAGCAGGUGUCGUCAUUCCCAGUGGAAUCACCUUGAUGUCAGGUACCUCACUACCCCCUGUCACACACACCUUCCCCCUCAGCCAGCUGCAGGCGCAACCCGUCACCAUCCAGAACCCCACAGCCCCCACUGCCGUGCUACAGGCUCCGCCCUCACAGCCACCCACAUUACUCCGCCUCCCUGCCAACGUGUCACUGUCAGGAGCUGGAGUCCCUCAGCAGCUGACGGCCAUCCAGGUUCAGCCCAGUUCUCAGCAGGUCUCCACCAAUCAGAGCAGCUCAGACACCCACAGCCCGGCCUCCUCCUCGGCGACUCUUCCAGUGUCCAUAGUCUCCUCGUGUUCCUCCUCCUCCUCGGUAACAGGUCACAUGAUGUACCCUGGAGGUCACGCGGUGAUGUACGCCACACCAUCGUCCUCACUGACCGACGGCAGCCUCACCGUCCUCAACACCUUUCCCUCUACAGGCCACGCCCAGUCACAUGACCCAGCCGUCAUCCCGCAGGUUUUCCUCACCUCUCUGCCUCCUGUCGCUGCUCAGAUCCCAGUCUCUGCCGUGCAGCUGCACCCGAUGGUCAUCAGCCAACAGAACAACAGCAGCAGCCUAGCGGAGCUGCAGGUUGUCAGUCUUGACGUCCACCAAUCAAAGGACGAUUGAGGGUCACAUGACUUUCCCACCAGCCUUGUUGCUGAUGGGCAGCAGAAGGUUCCAGCUCUUUAUGACGCCACGUGGUCAGGUCACUCACCUGAGGACCAGGUCUAAUCAUGAGCCCCCGCCCCCUCGAUGGGACUGAGAAGACAGGAAGUGGGAACCUGUUUUUCAAAGUUGAAGCCCCUGAGAUGAGCCAGCUGUAGUCUCGGUGUUGUGAUUUAGGUCUUUAGUUUUGUCAGGAUUUAAACCUUUCCAGGUUUUCAGUGUUUGGUGUUCAGAAGCUUUCCAGACAACUCACCUGUUCAGGCUCUGCAGCGAUGACCUCCAGCCUGAUCUGCUGGACUGUGAGACGGGACUCUAACUAGACCCCGUUUACAGACCGCUGAUGCUGCCUUUAAGGACACUCCGUUAACAAGAAACUGAAACUAGAUCGCUAGACAGAUGUGAUGCUCAGCAUUCACGUGUGUGUGUGUGUGUGUGUGUGUGGGGGGGGGGGGGGGUGUCUUCAAUCACGGAUAACUGACAGGAAGUCAUCUUCAGAUUAAAACUCAUCCUGUUCGUCGGACUCUACACGGAUCCCAGUCUCAUGGUCCAAAUGAAUGUUCUGCUGCAUUUGCUGGUGUGGGCAGGGUUUCACAGACCUGACGACAGUCCUGGGACACGCUAACUCCACCAGCUGAUGGAUGAGGCACCAAUCAGGAUGGAGUCCUCACAUCUGUGACAUCUGUGUGUAUUCCUGACUCUCUUGAAGACAUCACUCCAGACCUAUCCCUGUAAAGCCUUCAGGAAUACUUCCUGCUGGAUCUGGAGUGGGUAACAGGUUUGGGAUUAAAUACCAUCGCAGAAACUCUGAACAGUACUCGGUAGUCUGUACACAGGUUUCCUGACCACAGGCUGUAAACAUGCAUGUUAUAGGUUAACCCUAGGUAUGACUGGUUGUCUCUGUGUGUCCCUGUGAUGGACUCGAGACCUGUCCAGGUGUCCCUAGCUUCUUGCCUGACAUAACCUAAAACCCUAGUGAGGAUCAAGCGGUCUGAUAAACAAGUGUGCACCCUCUAAAGGGGGUUUGACUGUAGAUUUGAUGCUAAACAUGAACCCUCUGGAGUUUCCUGAGCCUGACAACAAAUGACUCGAGCACCUGUUGGAACUACGUCACAUUUUUGUUGGACUGAAACAUUGAACCACCUUUAAAUAAAGAGUUUUGUGUUUAAA